CGGCGCUUAGCCACUUACCUCAUAACCUCUGACGACGUUUAUGGCGCCAGAAAUCAAGGGUUUCGCGAGGAGCUGACUCCCGUUAUCUGCGCUAUGGCGGCGGCUCCGUAAACAUUAGGUAGUUCACGGCAGAGCAGCGGCUAGUUACCCGUCCUUCGUGCUCCACAUAAGGUCGGUUUAGAGUCAAGAUGGUGAUACUGCGCAGCAGCGGCGCCGGAGCGGAGCCGGCCGCCACGACUCCGAAGAGGAGGUCGAUGGAGUUGGACGCGAGCUCCGAGUUUCUGUCCCUGCUCCCGGCGUCGCAGAGGAAGUCUGCCCGGCGGACCCGGUCCUCCCAGGCCCUGGAGGACAGCUUCAGCAGUUUGGAGAGCAACGCGCCGAAUGGUCAUGCUGAUAUGAAGCAGGAUGAGGGGAAUGGACAUCACUCCCCGAGGACCCGAGGACAGAGAGUUAAACUAGAGGUCUCUUUUGCCGACAUGGAGCCAAAGACCAGCUCCCCUGUAAAUGAAGCCAGCUCUGUAGAAGGAUGCCUCAGGAAAUCUUCCAGGUUGCAGAGAGAGGGACACACAUCCAGUGGCAAGCAGCAAGCAGUUGCCCCAGAUGUUCCAGAUAAAGUGGAGGGCUCAUCCACUCCCAAGAGGAGUCGCUUUGAUCUACAGAGCCAAGAAGAAGAAGAAGAAGAAGAGGAUCGCUCAGUAAGACGUAGUUCCCGAAUCACCAGAUACAAACUGGAUUCCCGUAAGCAGUCGGUUCUCUACGACCGCCUCAUCACCAACACGGCUGAAGCUGUUCUCCAAAAGAUGGACGACAUGCAGAAGAUGAGACGCAGACAGAGGAGCAGAGUUAGGGGCAAUGAAGAAGAGCAGCUCGGUGUGUACACCAGGGGCAGGCUGACCAGGUCUCUGAGGACAGAUGUGGAGAGCAAAGCCACAGAGGAAGAGAUCCAAGGAGGGAAUGAGGAUGAUCACCACAAAGAGGGGGAGGAGGAGGAAGAUGUAGAAGUAGAUGAGGAGGAAAGGGGGGAGGAAGAAGAUGAAGAUGGCGAAGACGAGGAGGAGGAAAAUGAGAGGCGUUAUGACUUCAGGCAGCGAAAGACUGUGGUUCGCUACCAGGCCCCACAGGAUGAACCCAGAGAGCCCAGGAAGCGCAGCAUGUACUUCAAGGACCACGCGUCUCCAACCAGACGCAGGUUUAGAUUCAGCUCCACGGCCCCCAGGAGCCCCUACAACAGGAUAACCAGCAGGAGUAGUUCUGAGAGGAGGAGACACGCCAUCCACAGCAGCGACUCCACUUCCUCUUCUUCAGACGAUGAGAAAUUCCAGAGACGGAGAAGUAAGAACAGGAGCUUGUCAGUCAACAGAUGUCUGCCCAUGAACCUUUUGAAAGACGACCUGCAGGGUGUCCACAAGGACAGGAUGAAGAUUGGAGCCAGCCUGGCUGAUGUGGACCCCAUGCACAUUGACAAGACGGUGCGCUUUGACAGCAUCGGAGGGUUGAGCAGACACAUUUCAGCUCUGAAGGAGAUGGUGGUGUUCCCCCUCCUCUACCCAGAGGUCUUUGAGAGGUUCAAGAUACAGCCUCCCAGGGGCUGUCUAUUUUACGGCCCUCCAGGCACAGGGAAAACCCUCGUAGCCAGAGCGCUGGCCAAUGAGUGCAGUCAGGGAGAAAGAAAAGUGUCUUUCUUUAUGAGGAAAGGCGCUGACUGCCUCAGUAAAUGGGUAGGAGAAUCUGAGAGACAGCUGCGACUGCUUUUCGACCAGGCGUAUCAGAUGCGUCCGUCCAUCAUCUUCUUCGAUGAGAUUGAUGGUUUGGCUCCAGUCAGGUCGAGCCGUCAGGACCAGAUCCACAGUUCCAUUGUGUCGACCCUGUUGGCUCUCAUGGAUGGAUUAGAUGGCAGAGGAGAGGUUGUUGUGAUAGGAGCUACAAACAGACUGGACUCCAUUGACCCAGCACUGAGGAGACCGGGGCGCUUCGACAGAGAGUUCCUCUUCGGCCUCCCAGACAGAGAGGCGAGAAAUGACAUUCUGAAGAUCCACACCAGACUGUGGACGCCACCACCCUCCCACACCUUUCUGGAAGAAUUGGCAGAUAAAUGUGUUGGUUACUGUGGAGCAGACAUUAAAGCAGUUUGUUCAGAGGCUGCCUUGUGUGCGUUACGGCGUCGCUACCCACAAAUCUACAGCUCGUCACAGAAACUUGUGCUUGACGUCAACUCCAUCGCCAUCACCAACAAAGACUUUCUGGCCGCCAUGUCCAAGAUGGUGCCUGCUGCCCAGAGGGCAGUCGUGUCACCAGCCAAGGCCCUGAUACCCGCCGUUUGUCCUCUUCUGAGCGCCACCCUACAAAACAUCCUCCAUAACGUCAGCAGACUGUUCCCACAUGCUGAGCAGGCCUUAAAGAGGAAGAGGGAACAUGAUGCGGCAUGUGGUGUGUCUGAAGAUGAUCUGAUGUUUAGUGAGGAGGAGGACACAGACGUCUGCUCCAAUGGACAGACCGCUCACUCCCAACUCUCAACACCUGCUGUGAAGGGACUCAUCAGCCUCCACAGGAGUGUGCUGAGCCAACCAACCUCCUACCGUCCCAGGCUGCUGUUGGAGGGACGGCUGGGUUCGGGUCAGAGCUCCCACUUGGCUCCUGCUGUCCUCCACGCUCUGGAGAAAUUCACUGUGUACACACUGGACAUGGCCGUGCUGUUUGGAGCCAGCGCAACUGCACCGGAAGAGACUUGUGCUCAGAUCUUUGUUGAAGCAAAGCGGACCUCUCCCAGUAUCCUGUACAUCCCUCACAUCGGACAGUGGUGGGAAACAGUGGGUCCGGCCUUAAGAGCCACCUUCCUCAGCCUGCUCAGCUCCAUCCCUGCCUUCGCUCCCAUACUGCUUCUGGCUACGUGCAACCUGCAGUAUGACCAACUCAGUAUGGAGGUGAAGGAGUUGUUUAGGAUGGAGUUUGGCGAGGUUUUCCAUAUCCAGACCCCGACCAGCAGAGAAAGAAGAAACUUUUUUGAGGAUCUAAUCCUCAAUCAGGCUGCCAAGGCCCCUGCCUCAAAAAAGAAAGCUGUGCUCAAUGCAUUGGAGGUGCUUCCUGUCGCCGCGCCACCUCCCCCACGCCAGCUGACGGAAGAGGAGACCCGGAGGCUGGAGGAGCAGGAAGAAGACACCCUCAGGGAUCUCCGCCUCUUCCUGCGGGAUGUCACCAACCGCCUGUCCCAAGACAAACGUUUCAAGGCUUUCACAAAGCCUGUGGAUUUAGAGGAGGUGCCAGAUUACGCUGUGGUCAUCAAGAAGCCUAUGGACCUGUCAACAGUUCUCUCUAACAUCGACCUCCAUCAGUACGGGACGGUCAAAGAGUUCCUCCAAGACGUGGAUCUCAUCUGGCAGAAUGCCCUCGAAUACAACCCAGACAGGGACCCCUCAGACCGUCAGAUCCGCCACAAAGCGUGUGCAUUGAAGGACACCGUCCAUGCCAUCAUCAAAGAUGAACUGGAUGAAGAUUUUGAGAAGAUUUGCGUGGAGACCAAAGCGUCACGCAGCACACGAGAUUGCACCACUGCCCGGUUUGCGCCCUCCUUCUACCACGUCCUUCCCAAACAGUCCAAAUCUCCUGCUGAGGCCACAGAAAUAACCCUGCAAAGAGAGCUGGUUAGACCCACAACUGCGGUGACUCCCAACACAAGUGCCUAUGCUGCUACAACGCCUAAAAACACAGCCCAGAGGAAGAAAAGGCGAAAGAGUCGCUGGUCCGCCGGCUUAUAUUCAAAGAAGAAGGCUUCCUGCUCUCCUCACAUGUCCAGAGAUGAAGAAGACGGGGACGACGAGGAGGAUGAGGUUGAGAAGGGAGGAGGCGCGGAGUAUGAUGAGGGCACUGGAGGAGAGGAGGAUCCGAUGAUGGUGGAUGUAGAGUCGGGUCCUAUCCAGUGUGACUCGGGGAAAGCAGAAAAUGACGACGAGACACGGGAUGAAAAAGAAAGGCUGGGUGAAGUCGUCGCGGAUCAACCAGGAAAGUCGGAGGAAAAGAAAGUGUCGACAAAUCCAGGAAACGAGAACAGUAGAACAAUUUCAGUGAACACUAAUACGGACGGCCACGCUGAGACAGAAGGGCGUACCCAGGGGCAAUGCAACACAGAGGAAAGGGCUGAAACUGAUAGCCAAAAGCUGACGGAAACGGAGACAUGUCAAACUGUAACACAGGCAGACAACAGGAACAACAACAACGUAGUUACUGUAGAGGUGACGGAGCAGAACGGCCCUGCUGAACCAAUGGAGGUGGAAGCAACAGACGCCUCUGCAGCCACGAGAGGAGAGGAAGACACAUGCACAGAGAAGAGCGCGAGGCGCGUAACUCGGGCGCCAAAGAGCGCCGUGCAGCCGAUGGUCGACGUGGACAAGGCUCUGCAGAUCCUGCACCAGGAAACUCCCCCUCUGGUCGUGGACAGAGACAAAUUAAAGGAACUGCUGAAAAGAGUAGAGAUCAAAACCGAAGGGUUCGAGGUCUACCAGCUGGAGAAACUCUAUGCUCUGCUCUGCCAGAGCAUCUACAGACACCGACGAGACUACAACAAAACGUCACUAAUACAGGAGCUGAAACAAGAGAUUGAAGACUUCUGUUGACUUUUCUACGAUAUGUUUUAUAUGCUCGCUCAUCAUUCUCAGCUUUGUAAAUAUACAUUGUUUCUAUUUUCAUAGAAAUCUACAGGCUCCUCUUUCACCAUUAGCAUCUUGUUUGUGUUACCUCCUUUUGUUUCUAUUUAAUUAAAUGGGUUUCCUCUAAA